AUGAACAAGGUUUAUAGCCCGAUUUGGAGGGUGUCGAAAUUCAGUACCGCGGCAGCGGUCAGAUCGGGAAAUGCGUCUGAAAUGGCGCAUUUUGCCGAGCUCGCUCAAUCUUGGUGGGAUCCUAACGGCCCGCAACGCGUGCUUAACAAAAUGAACUGGAUGCGUAUGGACUACAUUGCCCACACAUUGAAGGAGACCAGUGCCAACGUGCCAGGUUAUUCGCUGGAUUUAUUGCCACCCAACAUGAGAUCCCAGUUUAAAGAGCCUGCGAAAAAGCUGAUGGUGCUGGACAUCGGCUGUGGAGGUGGCUUGCUGAGCGAGUCGCUGGCCCGUAGGCCCUACGUGAAAAGCGUUUUGGGGAUUGACGUUACACCUGAAGUUAUUAAAGUUGCCAAGCAGCAUAAGAAAUUGGACCCCAAACUAUCUCAUCUGAGCUAUAAGCAGUCGACUGUGGAGUCAUUGGAUCCCGGCCACAAAUUCGACGUAAUUACCAUGUUCGAGGUGCUGGAGCAUCUGGACGAUCCACCGGCCACCCUUAGGGCUGCGCUGGAUCUGCUCAAUCCCGGAGGAUACAUUUUCAUGAGCACCAUCAAUCGCACAGCAGUUUCGUACUUGACCACUAUUCUCGUGGCCGAGCAUCUCAUGAAAAUGGUACCAAUAGGAACCCACACCUGGUCAAAGUAUAUUAAUGAGGGUGAGCUGCGCCGGUUCAUUGACGAACAGCCCGAUAUGCAGUUUGUAUCUUCGGAAGGCUGCAUGUUUGUGCCUGGAGUGCAAUCAUGGGUGCGCUUUGGACCGCGGAGCAAUGAUGUGUGUGGAAAUGUGCUCAACCGAACCAUUGGCAAGCAGGGAGGCAACUAUUUGUUUGCAGCCCGCAAACACUAA